UCCAAGUCACCAGUCCUCUCCUGUUAAAAAGACUCCAAUGGCUUCUUAUCUUCUCAAGAUUCAAGCACAGAACAUCAGAUCAACUACAUUUUCUUCAGCAUCAUCACAGACUAAAUCUUUCUUACUAUCUUUCCCUCCUCCCAAACACCAACUCCAUAAUCUAAAUCUCAAAUAUGGGGAUCAUGUUUCUUUCUUUUCUUCACCCCUCUCCCAAAAGCACAGAAUCUGCUCUCUCCCUGUUCUCUGCUCUCUAUCUUCUCCUACCCCACCAAGCUCCAAAGAUGAAGCAAUUCUCCAAGCCAAAACUAGCCUCUCAAAAACCUUAGAAAAGCCUCUUAACAAUCCCAAAAUUGCUGGAAAAUUUAAAAAACUAAAGCAACCCAGAUACCUGGUAGAAAUUCCAGUCAUGGAUGACUCUCCAAGUUCUCUAAGUCAGCUAGCCGUGGAGGUUUUUCAAGACCUACCCAUCAAGAGGAAAGGUUCCCCUGUCAAGAUUCUGCUAGUGUGGUCUAGCCUUCCAUUGAAAGAAGCUGCAACUGAAGCAUUUGGACCUCAUUCAACAAACAACAACAUUGAGAAUGUGAGUAUAUCUGCAGUUGAUAACAGGACUAUGAAUUCAGCAGAUGUGGCAGUGUUCUUGGCUCCAGAGGCAUCACAAUUGGCAGUUACAAAGACAGUUACUGACAGUUUGUACCCAAAGCCAGUAGUGAUCUUCAACCCAAGAUGGGAUUUUGAGGAGGAGAAUGAGCUUGGUGGUUUGAGUGGAUUUGUGAGGUCAUUUGAGGUGAUAUAUUCAUUUAUGGGGCUGGAGGUAAAGGGUGUUUUCAGCAAAAGAAAAGGAGUGAUAUUCAAGUGUGUGGAAGAUGGGGUUGUAAGUGGUGAAAAAUGGGCUGUUCUUGUUGAAGAAGAAGGUGGUGAUAUGAGAGUUGUUUCCCGGUUCGCGGCACGGCCGUCGAUCGGUGAGGUUGAGAAUGUUUUGUAUAAUGUGAUGGCAGUUAAUUCACCCAUCACUAAGUCUGCUAAGUUCUUGAGGGAUUUAGUCUCAAAUGUAACUGGUAAAAAGUGAUUUGCCAAGUUCUUGAGGGUUUUGGUCUUUGAGGAACCAUCCUUUUUGAGUUUCACUAAUGUUUUGUAUCUUCUUGGAUUUGAACUGAUCAACUUUGUGGUUGUUUUUGUUGAAAUUCCUGAAUGAAUUCUUGUUGUUUUCUA